ACCAAUUCUUAAACCUCACAAAGCCACUCCAGAUGGAGCUCCCAAAGCCCUUUCCCCGCCUUGUAACGGCUUUGCUAGCCGUGGCCGCAGUCCUAAUCAUGCCCGCGUGCGCCCAAAUUAGCACGCCCUGCAACGCCUCGAUGAUUUCUAGCUUCAGGCCUUGCAUAAACUUUGUGACAAAUAGCAGUGCCAACGGCACUUCCCCAACUUCAGACUGUUGCAAUGCUCUUAAAACUAUGACCGGCUCAGGAAUGGAUUGCCUGUGCCUCAUUGCCACCGGAAGCGUUCCUUUCCAAGUCCCGAUCAACCGUACCCUCGCCAUCUCCCUCCCUAGAGCCUGCAACAUGCCCGGCGUCCCUGUCCAGUGCAAAUCAACUGGUGCACCACUUCCUGCCCCAGGUCCUGCAUUUCUUGGGCCAACUCUCUCUCCUGGAGCUUCACCAUCUGCUACUCCUACUAGUCCUGCAGCCUCUGCUGUCCCCGACCCCAUUUCGCCCGCACUCUCCCCCGAAUCCGACACGACACCACUCUUAACUCCUCCAUCAACAACAGGAGGCACCAACACUCCAACAGAAACUACAGGAAGCCGCUCAUCGCUGACUCCGUCGGCUGCAGCGCCUUCUUAUGGCCUCUCAGCCUCUGUUUUGCUCUUGGCAAUGGGGGGGUCAGUGAUCAUGUUCUACUAGGUUUGCUAUCACAUUAUGGACCACAUCAUAUCUAGUGAUUUGAAGAUUAUUUUAGAGAUUCUUUGGGGAUUUACAAGUAUUGCUUUUGGGUGAUCGUUUGUUAGAAUGGCAAUGCCUUUGU